AUGGUGACUGUAUCCAAAGGACUGCUUCUUCUUAGCCUCCUUGGCAGCGCCUUGGCCACACCCGCCCCGUAUGUUACAGAGAACGACAUUGGUGAGCGUGGUAUCUUCCCGACGGUCAGCAUCAACAUUCCCGCGGGAAGCAUCACUGGCCUGUCGCGCAUCAACAUCGAGGCCUUUACUGGCAUUCCGUUCGCGCAGGCUCCCGUUAGCGCACUGCGUCUCGCUCCCCCGAAACCGCUGGACAGGCCGCUCGUCAACUUUGAUGCCACCCAACAAUCGGCAGCAUGCCCUCAAUUCCUUGGCAGGCCGGGAGACCCCUCGCUCCUCCCCAACCUCGUCAGCAUCGUCAGCGAGUCGCCCCUGUUCAAGAAGGCCCUCAAGAGCCAGGAAGACUGUCUGAACAUCAACGUCUUCCGGCCCAAGGGCACCAAGGCCGGGGACAACCUCCCCGUCCUGUUCUGGAUCUUUGGCGGAGGCUUCGAGCUUGGCUGGAACUCUAUGUACGAUGGUGGCAUCAUCGUGUCUAGGGGCAUGGACCUCGGCAAGCCCUUCAUCUUCGUUGCUGUCAAUUACCGUGUCGGCGGAUGGGGUUUCCUGGCCGGAAAGGAGAUCAAGGCGGCCGGCGCGGGCAACCUGGGCCACCGUGACCAGCGCCUCGGCCUCGAGUGGACGGCCGACAACAUUGCAGCGUUCGGAGGCGACCCGAGCAAAGUGACCAUCUGGGGCGAGUCGGCUGGCGCCAUCUCAGUCUGGAACAUGAUGGCCUACUAUGGUGGCAACAACCUCUACAAGGGCAAGCCUCUGUUCCGCGGUGGCAUCAUGAACUCGGGUUCGACCGUGCCCAUCAGCCCAAUCGACGGCCCCAAGGGUCAGAGUGUUUACGACCAGGUUGUCGCGGCUUCGCCUUGUGCCGGUCAGGCCGACACGCUCAACUGCCUUAGGAAUCUUCCCUACGACAAGUUCUACAGCGCCGUCAACUCGGUCCCCCACGUGCUGGGCUACAACUCGGUCGCGCUCUCCUACCUCCCACGCUACGACGGCGACGUCCUGCCCGACUGCCCCGUCCGCCUUCUCAAGCAGGGCAAGUAUGCUCCGGUCCCCUUCAUCAUCGGUGACCAGGAGGACGAGGGCACCAUCUUCAGUCUGGCGCAGCUCAACACGUCAUCCAACACCAAGGACAUUGUCGACUACUUGUCCAAUGUCUUUGUCCCCGGCUUCUCCAGAGACAAGCUGACCGAGCUUGUCACGGCAUACCCCGCCGACAUCACCGCUGGCUCGCCCUUCCGUACCUUCAUCUUCAACGAAUGGUACCCUGGCUUCAAGCGCAUGGCUGCGAUUCUGGGCGACCUGGUCUUCACUCUAUCUCGUCGUUGGUUCCUGUCCGUUGCUACCACGCUCCACCCCGAGGUUCCUGCCUGGUCCUACAUUUCGAGCUACGGUUUUGGCCUCCCCAUCGUUGGCACUUUCCACGGCAGUGACAUCCUCGAGAUGUUCUACCUCGGUGGCAUCCCUACCUACCUGUCCAACGGUCUCCACGGCUACUACUUCAAUUUCCUCUACAACCUCGACCCCAACGAUGCUUCCGGCGGCACAAGCCCGGGCAAGAGCAAGGUCAAUGUCAACUGGCCUCGGUGGGACAACACCAACAGACAACUCAUCAACUUUUUCAAGGUCUUCUUCACUACUAUCAAGGAUGACUUUAGGCAGAAGGCCGGAGAUGUUCUCGGCAAGUACAUGGAGGACAUCAUCCCUUACAUGUAG